AAGUCUCAUUGUACAACAUGCUUCGAUUAAGUCUCCCACCCAGUGUGUCAGUGGGAUUUCAUCUGGUAGCUCUGGUGGUUCUCUUGUUUUCCCAUGUUGACCAUAUAACGGCAGAUACAGAGGCAGAUGCAGGAGGAAAUGAAACCACUGAAUGUACUGGCUCAUAUUACUGUAAGAAAGGGGUGAUUUUGCCCAUUUGGGAACCCCAAGACCCAUCUUUUGGGGAUAAAAUUGCUAGAGCAACUGUGUAUUUUGUGGCCAUGGUCUACAUGUUCCUUGGAGUUUCUAUUAUUGCCGACCGGUUUAUGUCCUCUAUAGAAGUUAUCACCUCUCAAGAAAAAGAAAUAACCAUCAAGAAACCGAAUGGAGAGACCACCAAGACCACGGUGAGGAUCUGGAAUGAGACUGUGUCAAACCUGACCUUGAUGGCCCUGGGAUCUUCUGCUCCUGAGAUUCUCCUGUCAGUCAUUGAAGUGUGUGGCCAUAACUUCACUGCAGGGGACCUUGGUCCCAGCACCAUUGUGGGAAGUGCUGCCUUUAACAUGUUCAUUAUCAUUGCACUUUGUGUUUAUGUGGUCCCUGAUGGAGAGACGAGGAAGAUUAAGCAUUUGCGUGUGUUCUUCGUGACAGCAGCCUGGAGCAUCUUUGCCUAUACCUGGCUUUAUAUAAUUUUGUCUGUCAGCUCUCCUGGUGUUGUGGAGGUCUGGGAAGGAUUGCUUACUUUCUUCUUCUUUCCCAUCUGUGUUGUGUUCGCUUGGGUAGCAGACAGGCGGCUCCUCUUUUACAAGUAUGUCUACAAGCGGUACAGGGCUGGCAAACAGAGAGGGAUGAUCAUUGAACAUGAAGGGGACAGACCAGCUUCCAAAACUGAAAUCGAAAUGGAUGGGAAAGUGGUCAACUCUCAUGUUGACAAUUUCCUAGAUGGUGCUCUGGUUUUGGAAGUUGAUGAGAGGGACCAAGAUGAUGAAGAAGCGAGGCGUGAGAUGGCGAGAAUUCUGAAGGAACUCAAGCAGAAGCAUCCUGAGAAAGAAAUCGAGCAAUUAAUAGAAUUAGCCAACUAUCAAGUCCUAAGUCAACAGCAAAAAAGCCGAGCCUUUUACCGGAUUCAAGCUACUCGCCUGAUGACUGGAGCUGGCAACAUUUUGAAGAGGCAUGCAGCUGACCAAGCAAGGAAAGCUGUCAGCAUGCAUGAAGUCAACAUAGACGCGGCUGAAAAUGACCCAGUCAGUAAGGUCUUCUUUGAGCAAGGGACAUACCAGUGUCUAGAGAACUGUGGUACUGUGGCCCUCACCAUUAUUCGCAGAGGGGGUGACUUGACCAACACUGUGUUUGUUGACUUCAGGACCGAAGACGGAACAGCCAAUGCUGGGUCUGAUUAUGAAUUCACGGAAGGGACUGUGAUCUUCAAACCAGGGGAGACCCAGAAGGAAAUCAGAGUUGGCAUCAUUGAUGAUGAUAUCUUUGAAGAAGAUGAAAACUUCCUUGUGCAUCUUAGCAAUGUCAGAGUCUCUUCAGAAGUUUCCGAAGAUGGCAUACUAGAUUCCAAUCAUAUGUCUGCAGUUGCUUGUCUUGGGUCACCCAGCACUGCCAUCAUAACCAUUUUUGAUGAUGACCACGCAGGCAUCUUUACGUUUGAGGAACCCGUGACUCACGUGAGCGAGAGCAUUGGCAUCAUGGAGGUGAAGGUGUUGAGAACCUCUGGCGCCCGAGGAAAUGUUAUCAUUCCCUAUAAAACCAUUGAAGGCACAGCCCGAGGUGGAGGAGAGGACUUUGAGGACACCUGUGGAGAGCUUGAAUUCCAGAAUGAUGAAAUAGUCAAAACAAUAUCAGUCAAGGUAAUCGAUGAUGAGGAGUAUGAGAAAAACAAGACCUUCUUCAUUGAGAUUGGAGAACCCCGUCUGGUGGAGAUGAGUGAGAAGAAAGGUGGCUUCACAUUAACAGAGGAAUAUGAUGACAAGCAGCCACUGACCAGCAAAGAAGAGGAGGAGAGGCGCAUUGCAGAAAUGGGGCGCCCCAUCCUAGGCGAGCACACCAAGCUGGAGGUGAUCAUCGAAGAGUCUUACGAAUUCAAGAGCACCGUGGACAAACUCAUUAAAAAGACGAACCUGGCCCUUGUUGUGGGGACCAACAGCUGGAGAGAGCAGUUUAUCGAAGCCAUCACCGUCAGCGCUGGGGAAGAUGACGAUGAUGAUGAAUGUGGGGAGGAGAAGCUGCCCUCCUGUUUUGAUUACGUGAUGCACUUUCUCACAGUGUUCUGGAAGGUUCUGUUUGCCUUCGUCCCACCUACAGAAUACUGGAAUGGCUGGGCCUGCUUCAUUGUCUCCAUCCUCAUGAUUGGCCUACUGACAGCCUUCAUUGGAGAUCUGGCUUCCCACUUUGGCUGCACCAUUGGUCUGAAAGAUUCCGUGACUGCAGUUGUGUUUGUUGCCCUUGGAACCUCAGUGCCAGACACAUUCGCCAGCAAAGUAGCAGCUACCCAGGACCAGUAUGCAGAUGCAUCUAUAGGCAAUGUCACCGGAAGUAACGCUGUGAAUGUCUUCCUGGGAAUCGGCGUGGCCUGGUCCAUUGCUGCCAUCUACCACGCGGCCAACGGGGAACAGUUCAAAGUGUCCCCUGGCACGCUAGCUUUCUCUGUCACUCUCUUCACUAUUUUUGCUUUCAUCAACGUGGGGGUGCUGCUGUACCGGCGGAGGCCAGAAAUAGGAGGUGAGCUGGGAGGGCCCCGGACUGCCAAGCUCCUCACAUCGUCCCUGUUCGUGCUCCUGUGGCUCUUGUACAUUUUCUUCUCUUCCCUGGAGGCCUACUGCCACAUAAAAGGCUUCUAAAGGAACAAUCAGAUAUAGUAAAUUUAUAUAUAUAUGUAUACAUAUAUAUAUACAUAAAAAUUAUGUAUAAUGAACAGAAAAAACUGACAUUUGUCAUGUUCACUUAACCUGCUGAUGGAAUCCAGCUUCAAGAACAUACUCCGUACUAGACCGGAAGUCAGAAACCAUCAUCUCCCAUUCCCGGGCAUCAUCGAGUUGAACAAGGCGUGGAGACAGGGCCAUCUUGCAGCUCGUCCUAGAAGAGCUAUACUCUCUCCUAGUUCAUAAAUGGUUAAGGCUUUUAUUUGUUUUCUUGUUUUUUUGUUUUGUUU